GGGCGCCGACGGGGCGGGCGGCGGAGGGCGCCACGUCGGCAGCGGAGGACGGCGCGGGAGUAAAGUCUCCGCCGGGCCGGGUCGGGUCGCGGCGUGCCCGCUGCGACGAGCGGUGGAUGCAGAACAUCUCUGGGGAAACAGCUGACCUAACACCUCUUGUGCAAAGGAAUAUAUUUGGGAUGCACCUCUAGUAGGGAGAGUGAAGAGGAACCACCCUUAGGAAACACAGCAGUCGGGUGACCGUGGGCUCCCUUCCGAAGUGGGAUGUAAGCACUUGGAUGUCAUCACACCAAGGAGGCGCUGAAUUGCAGAAGAGAUCUGCGGCAUACGUGAACUUAUUUUUUUAGGUAACAAUGAAUCAAAUGGACAAGAGUCAUCAGGAUGUCCCAUCCUACCUCCAUGAUGAACCACCAGAAGGUUCAAUCAAAGACCACCCGCAGCAGCAGCCUGGCGUGCUCUCUCGUGUGACUGGUGGCAUUUUCAGUGUGACAAAGGGAGCUGUGGGUGCCACGAUCGGGGGUGUUGCUUGGAUUGGAGGGAAGAGCUUGGAAAUCACCAAAACAGCAGUCACAUCAGUGCCUUCAGUGGGAGUGGGGCUGGUCAAAGGAAGUGUUUCUGCUGUGGCUGGAGGCGUUACAGCAGUAGGAUCUGCUGUUGCGAGCAAAGUGCCUUUAACAGGAAAGAAAAAGGACAAAUCUGACUAAAGCCAAAACUGAGAGACGUACUUGAUUUUCUACAAUAUUACAUUGGUGGCAUUAAAAUCUGCUAAGAUUUGGACCAUGAGAAGCCAUGUGUCUUAGACACUGUCUUCUGAAGAGAAGGCUGAUUUCAUCUGGAAAGGACAGAAGAAGCUUGGCUAGCACAGCAUCUGAAGAUUUGUUACGGCCUAGUUUCAAGCUUUGUACCUGGUGAAAUGUUACACUUGAUAACUAUAGGAGUGAGUAUGUGUGUCUGAAGGGGUAAUGUGUAUUUGAAUAUUCACGUACUCUAAGUCUUCUGCAGUUUUGGACUGAAAUGUGAACAUAGAAACUUAAGUUGAUAAUCUGCCGUACAGUCAGUUUGAUGAGGUGCCACUUACUGUCCCCAGUGGCUUCCACAUCCUCCUGCUAAGGAUCCUUGAGCUGUGUAAUGGCACCGUGGGAUGUGCUUCAAUAGUUACAGUUAGGAAACAGUACUUGCAGGCAGCCUGACAGUUUUCAGUGACUGCACUCUGCCAUUCCAAACUGGAAGCAAACAGAUUGAAAAUGAGAGGGGGAUGGGAGGUGAGAAAGUUUGACAGAGUGGUACAAGGGAUAAUAAAAUCUAACUUAAUGCCUUAUUAGAAAAGAACCUCUCUAUUAGGUGAAGCUUCGUAAAGUGCUGUUCUGUUGUUUCUGUGCAGUUCAUUGAACAAGCUUCAGAGAAUGAUACCUGAAACUUACUCAGUUUUUACUGAAUACAAGAUUGCUAAAUCUCAGGUGUAUUUAAUGAUAGGCAUCUGUCUACUGCAAGUGGAAACUUGCUUUAAUCAGCUUCUGAGAGACACCAGAAAAUAAUGAUGGCUUAGCGGAAACUGAGCAGGUGGCUGUGGUCAUCUAACACAGCUGUGUGACUUGAAAAAAUUGCUUUGUGUAGCUGGAAACCACUGAAGAACCAGCAAAGCUGUUGUCUCAGCUCCUUGAUGUGCCAGGUUAGCUUCUUGCUCUGUUCAAAUGGAUGCAAGAUUUUUUUCACUACAUCUUUAUCUCAUUCCUUGCAUUCUGAGUAGAAUGCAGUACUUUGAUUCAAACCAAAAAUGGCAUGUGAGCGCCCUUUAAAGAAAAAAAGCUGUAUACUGACAAAUGCCAAACUUUGACACUCCUCAUACGGGAACAUCUGUAGGUCCUCCACAGUGUGUGAGGCCAAAUACACUCCAAGGACACAGCUUGAGGUUGCCUUAAAGUAGAAGCCUCUGGUGAUCUUUAUGUGUGUGUGCUGACUUCGCAAACAAGAAGGCUGUGAACAUUGUAUAUGCAGUAUUUUCUAAGAAGUUGUGUUCCUUCCAAAAACUUCCAAGCUUGUAAGCUUACUUUUCAGGUAGCUGUGGUUGUGCGAGGAUAUAUAGAGACUUCUUAGAGAUUAAAGAAAAGCAAAAGUAUAUCACGUGUCUAAAACUUGCUCCUGUGUUCAUGGUUGUUGAAAGUAAACUGUGCACGUGAUGGUACAGCGGUAACCCUGUCUUCUGAGCCAUUGGUACUUCAGCUGCAGUCUGGAACAGCUAUACUGGCUAUCAGUAAUGAUGGUGUAUUACUAGGUUUAACGACUGGGGCAAUCGGGAGAGCAAAACCCAGCAGGUGGACUUCUGCUCCCUUCGUUAGUUGCACCAGUUGCUUAUCUCCAAACUGCUGCAGGUGUGUAAUGAGGUAAAGUCAAGCAAUAAAUGCAAUCCUUACUACUUUUAUAGCCAGAAGGUGACAGCACAGAAUGCUGCAUAGUUUGAAGAUCCCACAUAGCUGCAGGAAUGAGCACCUCAGACACCAGCAGCAGUGGAGCUGCAGUAAAUAACUGUGAGCCUAGUGCAGUUUCCAGUGUACCCCAGGGCACUACCAGUGAGCACUGUGUAUCAGCUGGUUUGGAGCACAGCAAGAUUUGUAACACUCAACCAAACCCUUCACUGUUUUCUGAACGCUCAGACAUUGAACUUGUUUUACCACCCCCCCACCCCACCCCUUUUUUAUGUCAUUCUUUAAUUUUUAUGCUAUGAAACCUGCUGCAGAACAAGCAUGUUAGGAGAGACGCCAUGUUAGAACUGUACAAGGUUGCCACCUGCUUUGAUGUGUUUUGUUCUUAGCAUGUGUUGUAGUUAUUACUUCUGAAUCUUGUAACUGAAAUGCUUUACCGUGGCAUAUGGUUUUAGUUUUGGAGAAGAGCUUCUUCCUGUAUUCUGUGUUAUUUUCCAUUUGCUUAAGAAGGCCCUGUCUUAAGAACUUGUUCUGACUCUGUCCUGACACUUGUGAAACAUUAAAUUGUUGCUGUUUCAGACUUAC